CAGGGAACGUCUUGUACGUAUCGCAUUAAUAGGAUCGAUUUAAAAAUGAAAAACGGAAACCAAAUAACUGCUGAAGCUUUGAAAGAACAGGGUGUUGAGUAUGUUUUCGGAAUAAUGGGACACCCUGUAAUCGACUUAGCGUUAUCCAUGCAAAUUACGGGUCUCCAUUACCUUGGAUUUAGGAAUGAACAAGCUGCAUGUUAUGCUGCGCAAGCUUACGGAUAUCUAACAAGAAAGCCUGCAGUAGUUUUAUGUGUAUCUGGACCAGGAUUACUUCACGUUAUCGGUGGUAUGGCGAAUGCUCAAGUAAACUGUUGGCCUCUCAUUGUAAUAGGUGGGUCGUGUUCUGAAGAUCACGAAGGAAUUGGAGGUUUUCAGGAAUGGCCACAGGUAGAAUCCAGUAAACCCUAUUGUAAAUAUGCCGUCAGACCGCCAUCCGCUAUAUUAAUACCGCUUCAUGUAGAAAAGGCUGUUCGGCUCGCUACUUACGGUCGUCCUGGUGUCGCAUAUUUGGAUUUACCAGCCAAUUUAUUAAAUCAAUCAGUCGACGAAGAAAAAAUAUAUAAAGUUGCGAAAUGUUUACCACCACCACUGAUAUUUCCCGAUCAUCGAUUAGUUAAUCAAGCAGCUAGUUUGCUCAUGCGAGCAAAAAGACCAUUGUUGAUUGUAGGAAAAGGGGCUGCCUAUGCAAGAGCAGAGAAUGAAGUCCGAAGCCUUGUAUACACAACUGGUAUUCCUUUUCUUCCUAUGCCAAUGGGAAAAGGAGUUGUUCCAGACACAAAUGAACGAUGUGUUUCUAGUGCUAGAACAUAUGCAUUGCAGCAGAGUGAUGUCAUCUUGUUAUUAGGUGCCAGAUUAAAUUGGAUGUUACACUUUGGCAAACCACCUCGUUUUCAACCUGAUGUUAAAGUGAUACAGGUUGACUUGUGCCCAGAAGAAUUGCAUAAUUCUGUUCCCUCCACAAUUGCAAUUCAGUCUGAUAUAUCUACUGCUGUGGAAAGCCUUGUUAAUAUUUUAAAGAAAUAUAAUUGGUCUAUUAAUCAGAAUGACCCUUGGUGGAUGAAUUUACUAGCCAAAUCAAAUAAAAAUAAGACAAUGAUUCAGAAACUAUCAAUGGAUGUCUCAGUACCAUUAAAUUACUAUGCUGUUUUUAAACAUAUUCAAGAUAUUAUUCCACCUGAUAGUAUUAUUUGUUCAGAAGGAGCUAAUACAAUGGACAUUGGGAAAACAAUUUUAUUAAAUAAUGAACCCCGUCAUAGAUUAGAUGCCGCUACUUUUGGUACAAUGGGCGUUGGCUUGGGUUUUGCCAUAGCAGCUGCCCUUUAUUAUAAAAAUAAUUCCCCAACAAAGAAAGUCUUUUGUAUAGAAGGAGAUAGUGCAUUUGGAUUUUCCGGUAUGGAAAUUGAAACAAUGUUUAGAUAUAAACUGCCCAUUAUUAUUAUCAUUGUAAAUAACAAUGGCAUUUAUAGUGGUUUAGAUAAAGAAACAUUUAGACAAAUACAAGCUUCAGGAGAACCAACACAAGUAACACCGCCGAAUUCGUUAACAUCCGAAGUACAUUAUGAAAAAAUGAUAGAAAUGUUCGGUUGCAAAGGGUUCUUCUGCACUACUGUACAGGAUAUACAGCGUGCACUCAAAACAUGCCUUCAAAUUAAUGAUUCCCCUAGUUUAAUAAAUAUUGCAAUUGAUCCCCAGGCUGAUCGCAAAAGACAACAGUUUAAUUGGUUGACAGAAUCUAAGCUGUAA